AUGAACGAUGAACAACCAGUGCACACUGAAUUAUCAGCAAUUCAAUUGCAGAUGAACCAAACGACAAAUGAAUCUCUUGAAUCUACUCGUCGUAUGUUGGGUCUAUGUGAAGAAAGUAAAGAAGCUGGCAUACGAACAUUGGUUAUGCUUGAUGAACAAGGAGAACAACUUGAUGCAAUUGACUCCGGAAUGGAUCGUAUCAACGCUGAAAUGCGUGAUGCAGAAAAAAAUCUUGAAGGUCUAGAAAAAUGUUGCGGUCUAUGUGUUCUUCCAUGGAAAAGAACGAAGAACUUUGAAAAAAGUGCUGCCUACAGCAAAACAUUUAAAGGGAAUGAAGAUGGAAAAGUAAAUUCAUCAGGUCCAAGACAAAUUGUUUCGCAAACUGAUGUUGGUCCCGGUUCUGGUUAUAUCCAAAGAAUUACGAACGAUGCUCGCGAGGAUGAAAUGGAAGAAAAUCUUCAACAAGUAAGUACAAUGAUUGGUAAUCUACGAAAUAUGGCUUGUGAUAUGGGCAAUGAAAUUGUUAAUCAAAAUAAUCAAAUUGAUCGUAUCAAAGGAAAAACUGAUAUAAGUCAAAUUCGAAUCGAGGGGGCUAACAAACGCGCUAAAACUUUGUUAAAAAGUUAA